GGGUGAUGGAGGAUUCCCAUUUCAAUUCCUCAUAUUUCUGGUCUCCUGUGCAGGGACAGAUUGAGAAUGCUGUAUUUCUCAAUAAGGUAAAGGAGCAGCUUGGUCAGGACAAAAGCCCCACCUACUCGCAUGGCCCCGCCCACUAUCCCACCACAGCGGUGGUGGCGGUUUCUGGGGGUGCCAUGGAUACAGCGGCAGCAAGGACACUAAAACAAGAGCAUGCACAACCGUCCCAGUCCUCACACAGUAUCACAGUGGUGCCGGUACCGCCUACGGGCAUCAUGACGGCAGCGGGUUUGGUCACUCUGGUGUCUCCAGUAUCAUCUGCUCAGUCUCUUAUUCCUGGACACCCAUCCACCACCAUGAUAACAGUCCAGACGGACAAGAGAAAUGACUCCUUGCCCUGCUCGCCGGUCAUCAUUCCAUUACCAUCGAAACGGGGCAGAAAGAAGAAAGCCACACUCCCAUUGGUUGGCUCGCCUACUGGGACAGAUCCCAUGAUUUUGGGUCUUUCAGGACAGCAUCAUUCUGCCACCUACAGUCUGUCCCCAGAAGAAGGGCAUGCUGGGAAAGAAGGCAGUAAAACAUACAGGUGCCGGAUGUGUGGUUUGACGUUCUGCAGUAAGUCAGACAUGCAGCUGCACUCCAAGUCGCACACGGAGGUGAAAGCUCACCAGUGUCCGCACUGCUCCAAAUCCUUCGCUAACACCAGCUACCUGGCCCAGCACAUCCGCAUCCACAGCGGUGCCAAGCCCUACACCUGCUCCUACUGCCAGAAGGCUUUCAGACAGCUCAGUCACUUACAGCAGCACACACGAAACCACACAGAAUCCAAACCCCAUAAGUGUCCUCAUUGCUCGAAAUCGUUUGCCAACUCAAGCUACCUUGCUCAGCAUAUACGAAUCCACACAGGAGUUAAACCUUACACCUGUACCUACUGCCAGAAGACCUUCAGACAGCUUAGUCACUUACAGCAACACCACAGAAUCCACACAGGAGACAGGCCAUACAAAUGUUCACACUUGGGUUGUGAGAAGUCUUUCACUCAGCUCUCUAAUCUGCAGUCUCAUCGGCGUCAACACAACAAGGACAAACCGUAUAAGUGUCACCACUGUAACCGUGGUUAUGUAGAUGCAGCCAGCCUGGAGGUUCAUCUGUCCACUCACACGGUCAAGCACGCCAAGCUGUACUCCUGCGGUUUAUGCAACCGCACAUAUACCUCGGAGACGUAUCUGAUGAAACACAUGCGUAAACAUGCCCCAGAUAUGCUGCCGUCUCCACCCGGAUCAACCCAACAAAGUCACAGCCCAGGUCGUGUUGGAGGAGGCGGCUCGGAAGGAGACAUACAGAGCCGAGCCGAGAGGGCCGACAUUUUCGGCGGGCCAGCCGGUGUGCCGUGCGUAUUCGACCUGAACCAGUACAAACCAGUAACUUCUGCAGAUGUGCAGUAUAAAACUGUCAGUGUGUCUGACAUCACGCCUCACAAAGACCUCUGCAUCACCGUGGAGGCUUCUGCCAUACAGGUGGAACACCUGAACUCAUGAGGAGUCCCAUGGAGCGAGGAAUGAAACUUUGGAGGUUAGAAAAAAACUGUUGCUAUUAACGAGAUCUACACGUCUGUGGAUACUGAAAGAAUUUUCUUACUCAAUACCUUCUUAUUUGUAUGAAGGAGCAAGUGGACUUAAAUGGACAAAAUUGAAGAAGAAAGACUUUUGUCUUUUUUUUUUUUCUUUCCAUUUUUUUAAACAUUUAUUGCUGUAAUCCUGAUCUUCCUCACAGAAGCUUCCUUGAAGACUGUAGCUGUUUCAGUGGGUACCCAGCUCAUAUCUCAAGUCUUUCCUUAAAAUAUCUGGUUUAUUACAUUUGUAUGAUUGUCUGCGUCUAGUUGUUGGUACGAUCAUUGCACUGUCAACAUUAAUAUUGUUACUGUCAACAAGAAUGGAAAUAUUGUCUCUUGCACAGUAUGUAUGGGAAUUGUUGGUCUUUUUUCGUUUUAAAAGGGAAAUUUGUUUGCAGUACGUUAAGCAGAAAAUCACGUAUAUAUGAUUAUCAAAUGUAUUGUGUGUGAAUGAGUAAAGGACAACAGUAAAUAGGACAAAAAGAAUUUGUGUCAACUAAUGUCAAUGGCAAAUAUCUAGAGAUGGUGUUUUUCUUAAAAAAAAAAAAAAAAAUCCUGUUUAGUCCAGUUCCAUCUGCAGAUGACAUGUAAUAUUCUAUUAUUACUAUGUUACUACUAUUAUUCUAUCAAAAUAACUAAUAACAUGCACCCCAAAUGUCAACCUCUAGACAUUAACGAAAUCAGAUUAGUGUGCAUUAACCCUUUAAAACAAGAAAUUAAAAAAAAAAUGCUUCUGA